CCCCAAAAUAUAGGAAACUAUGGUCCGUAGCCAUUUUGGCUCAAAGGGCGGGCUUCAGGGAGCAGCGGGGAAGCCCCCGAGGAUCGCCCCCAAGGAGCGCUCCCGGCCGAUAUCCGGGCAAGCCAUGCCAGAGAGGAGGCAGGUGCAGGUUUCAGCGGCGAGCUCCGACGAAGACGACGACUCCGCGGUGGAGGUCGAAAGCGCCGGCGCCUGGAAGGAGUUCAGGCAUAAGUUCGGCCCGUACGGCAUGCAGAUCACCGUCGGCAUCCUUGUCGAGGUCGCUUGGUGUGCUUGCAUUGGAGGUUAGCUGGACAGGGCAAAGAAUGCCAGUGCGGGCUCCAAAACCCUGGAGGAGUUGGACCUGGUUCAGCAGGACGAGUACAACGUCAAGGCGCUCAACUGGAUCGUGUUCCUGGUCUGUCUUGCGGGGCGAUGGGUCGCCAUAUCCUUGUGGUUCCGAAGGCAGCGGCGUUUCGGACGGUGCACUGUCACGGGGAGGUGCCGCGUCGGCGAUGUACAUCGUUUUUUCGGUUUCGCAGUGGGUGAUCUUUUUCGGGGCCUACUACUUGGUUUUGGAUUCGUUGACCACAGUCACGUUCAACCCUCAAGUGCAGGUGAAGCGGAUCGCCGAAUACUCCGACACACGCGCGACCAACGCCACAAAUUUGACCGAUGGUGUUAUCGACGUGGUGAAAGCCGACGAUGCUGUCCUCAACCUGAAAAUGACCCACUGCCUGGAAGAAUAUCCUCCCUUAGAUUGCGUGUCGAGAGUCAACCGUCAUGUGACGUGAAAAAUCGAAUUCGAUCCAGAUGUUUGCAGCGGCUACAUUUGGAUGGGAAAGGGAAAACAUGUGAUGAAAUGCUGCGUUCAAGACAUUUACAGUCUGACGAGGCUAAAAGUCCCUGUGCCAUUCGCAUUCGGACAAGAUCUCGAUACUAUGUUCAUGCUCUUGAAAUGGCUGGCGGUGUUGAGUAUAUCAUGGACUCUCAAGGAUCUCCCGAUAGUGCCAAGCUCAGCCCAGAGUUCUGGGUUUUUGAAUGGCUGCUGGCUGGAUCUUAUGGAUGCGGUCGUCUUCGACGCCUACUUGGUCAACGACAGGGUCCUGUACCCCAAGUACGGCAUCGACUCAGACGGGACAGCCGCAGAAAAAGACGAAGACUACAUGAAUCUCCUGAGACUCACGUGGAUCGUGGUGUUUGUGUUGGCCACGUUAUCACCAGCUCUGUACACCUCCUACAGCCACUCUGGAGAAGAGGACGACGGCGCGGGAACCGAGAACGCGCCCCGUGAUUUCGCCCACAGCGCGGAGAGUUUGAUCCGGAGCUUGCAGAUGCUCGAGCGCCAGAGCGCGCUGGAUCAUGUGGAGGAGUGCCUCGCGAUCCAGCGCGAGGCGUACGCCCAGCACUCCGUCGAAGCGGGCGAGGCCGUACUGGUGAAGGUCGCACCCGAAGGGCAUGAGAAGCUCGUCACCGCUGACAAGUUGCUGCAGGACCUGUUCCUCGCUGCGGGCGGGCGUGCGCCCCGACCGGGACAGGCAACCAUGUUGCACGGUGGGACGUACAGUGUCCAAUUCACCGACAUGAGCGAUAGCAACUCAGAUGACGAGAUCGUUCCAGUGAGCCGUGUCUAUCCUGACGCCAGCGCAGAAGCAGAGAAACGCAUGUGUAGGCCAGGCUGCUGCAGCGGUUGGUGCGGAGUCGCUGGCCUCAACGGUAAGUUUCAGAGGAAGGCCACAUUGAUCGACUCGGUGCGGUCUCUGUUCUUUCUGGAGGUGCCUUUCUUCCUGUGGCGGUUGUAUUUCGAGUGGGACGGCCUCACCUUUGGCAGUUUCGUUGUCAUCCUCAUGCUCAAGAAUUUCGUGUGGGCCAUCAUGGACUUUCUCACGAUCCUCUCGUGCGGCGACAACGCGGCCACGUGCUUGGGAAUGAUGCCUGUCAGCAUGCUAUCCGAGGCACUUGAAGGGUCUGCAUUAUCGAGCGUCUCCGUUGGUCCCGCUGGCCUUUUCAGCCUCGCCGCGGCUACCGCGCGCAAGCAGGUGGCAAUUUCGAUCAAGGAGCAGCGAAGCAAGCUCAAGGUACGCAACGCGUGGCUCAUCAUCGAGCGCCAGAAGGCGGAGGAUGGACACGAUGUGGAGGCCAUCGCAGUGUUGACUGAAGAGAUCAAUCGCGUCGAGGGGCAGCUCAAAGUCUUGGAUGAGCAAGAGAAGAUGAACCACGGGUAAGUUGGACGCGCCGGCGGUUCGAGCGAAGGGUGAUGGAUGGCACGCUCGUGAUUUAACCAACCGCACAUAUUUUUAUCAUACAUAUAUAUAUAUAUGUCUUUCGAAGUGCCAGACGUUCUCGCCAUGCGGCUCCUACGCGGCCGCGCUGAUUUCCUGGACCGGCGUUUGACCACCCUGGAGCGCGGAGCGCGUCAGGGACGGCGCUGGAGGUGCCGCCAAGGGAACCCAACGCCAAUUCAGUUUAUAUGAAUUCAGUUUGUUUGUUCUUCGAAGGGGAGGAUGAGUGAAAGA